AUGAUCGUAAGACCUCGAAAAGUUGAAAGGGAUCUUUUGGGUUCAAAAAACGGUCCUGAUCCUGAAGAAAAUUCAGCGACUGGCGAUUAUUCCGAAUCAGAUAUUAAGGGUCAAUUAAAAAUUGUACUCGGUUUGCGACUUCAGCAAGAAAAGAAGACCGAUGAAGCAAUGAAAUCUCGUUAUGAUUCUCAAACAGAAGGAGAUGAUGAAGCAGAGCCGGAAGAUGAAGCAGAGCCGGAAGAUGAAGCAGAGUCGGAAGAUGAAGCAGAGUCGGAAGAUGAAGCGGAGUUGGAAGAUGAAGCAAAGCCAGAAGAUGAAGCAGAGUUGGAAGAUAAAGCAGAGUUGGAAGAUGAAGCAGAGUCGAAAGAACAUCAAAUUUCACAAGAUGAUCUAGAAAAAAACGAUAGGGAAACCUUGGAGUCUUGUUAUUAUUCGCAAUCCGAAAUUGAGCGUCAAUUAGAAACAGAAGCCAGUGCGCAACUUCAGGCAGAAAUAGAGACAGAUCAGGAAAUAGAAUUUCGUUUUCAUUCUCAAACAGUAACUGACGAAGCAGAGUCUAAUACUGAAGAUUAUUUACAUUCUGAAGAAAAACAAAUUUCUCCGAAUGAUCAAAAUCAAGAAGAUCAGGAUUUAACAGAUUUAUCAGACUUCGAAAAGAGCCUUAUUGAUAAACUAUUAUUGGAAGAUCCCUCAUAA